GUAUUCAGUCGCUGUUGUGGCUGGGAGGCAGCACACUCAGUCAGUCUCUUUAGUUGAUUCAGCCUGAGGUAACACAGGACUCUUUUAAACUCACCGACCAACCGAAAACAACUACUUCUGGUCUCCCCUGAACAAACUCCCGCUCUGUAAGACAGCUUUUAUUCUGCAGGUGCUGAGCAAACGGCUAGCAGAAAGUACGAGCUGUGGAAAGACUCGGAGGUGAAUGACGACAGAAUGUCAAGCCAGUUGACCGUUUCUUUUUGAAUGGAUUAGAGGCGAGCUGUCACCAUGCGCUGCCUGGCUGCUCGGGUGAACUACAAAACCCUCAUCGUUAUCUGCGCCCUCUUCACACUCAUCACUGUGUUGCUAUGGAACCGCUGCACCAGUGACACCUCGCUUCACUUCCUGCCUCGUGCUGCAGUGGUGGCUCCAAGUCCCAAUGUGGGGGAUGCUAGCAUCAGCAGCCAGCAACACCCCCCACAACCCCCGGAGCCCCCACCUGUUGUUGGUGUUGCCGCGGGGAUCAAGUAUGAAGAGAUCGACUGCCUGAUCAAUGAUGAGUCUACAAUCAAAGGCCGACGAGAGGGCGGAGACGUUUACCUGCCCUUCAGCUGGAUGGAGAAGUACUUUGAGGUGUACGGCAAGGUGGUGCAGUACGACGGCUACGACCGCUUUGAGUUCCAGCACAGCUACUCAAAGGUUUACGCACAGCGCGAGCCCUACCACCCCGAUGGAGUCUUCAUGUCAUUUGAGGGAUACAAUGUGGAGGUCCGCGACCGUGUCAAGUGUAUAAGUGGAGUGGAAGGAGUGCCUCUGUCCACACAGUGGGGUCCUCAGGGAUACUUCUACGCCAUCCAGAUCGCUCAGUAUGGCUUGAGCCACUACAGCAAGAACCUGACGGAGCGCCCCCCCCACGUGGAGGUCUACGAUACGGCCGAGGACAGAGACAGCCGGGCCAGCUCCGCCCCCUGGAGCGUGCCCAAAGGGUGCGUCCUCAGCCGUGUCCACGACAAGACCCGAGCCUCUUCCGUGCGUCAGUUCAGUGCUCCAGAGUCCUCAGAAGGCGUGUCCCUCCAGCUGGGUAACCCCAAAGACUUCAUCCUCAGCUUGGACAUCAAGUUUGUCUCCAACGGCAGCGUGUCUGUGAUCCUGGACACCACGGAGAAGGGCGCGCCGUUCACCAUCCACUACGUGACCAACACACAGCUCAUCGCAUUCAAAGACCGGGAGAUCACGUACGGCGUCGGGCCGCGUACCGCCUGGAGCACCCUAACCCGGGACCUGCUCACCGACCUCAGGAAGGGGGUCGGGCUGUCCAACACCAAGGCUGUGAAGGCCACCAAGAUCAUGCCCAGACGGGUGGUGCGGUUAGUCCUCCACGGGCGUGGCUUUGUUGACAACGUCACCAUCUCCACCACCGCCCACAUGGCCGCCUUCUUCGCCGCCAGCGACUGGCUGGUGCGCAACCAGGACGAGCGGGGAGGCUGGCCCAUCAUGGUCACACGUAAACUGGGGGAGGGCUUCCGGCCCCUGGAGCCCGGCUGGUACUCGGCCAUGGCUCAGGGCCAGGCCAUGUCCACCCUGGUGAGGGCCUUCCUCCUCACCAGGGAGCAGGGCUACCUCAGCGCUGCCCUCAGGGCGGUGGGACCCUACAAGGUGCCUUCAGCGCAGCACGGGGUCAAAGCUGUGUUCAUGAACAAAUACGACUGGUAUGAAGAGUACCCCACCACCCCCAGCUCCUUUGUCCUCAACGGCUUCAUCUACUCGCUGCUGGGCCUCCACGACCUGACGGAGACCGCGGGGGAGAAGCUGGGCCGGGAGGCGGGGCAGCUGUUCAGCCGCGGCAUGGACUCUCUGAAGGCCAUGCUGCCACUCUUUGACACGGGGUCUGGGAGCAUCUACGACCUGCGCCACUUCAUGUUGGCCACAGCGCCUAACCUUGCACGCUGGGACUAUCACACCACGCACAUCAACCAGCUGCAGCUGCUGGCGUCCAUAGACAACGCGCCCGUCUUUAAGGACGUGGUGAAGCGCUGGAAAAAUUACUUAAAAGGGAGUCGUGCAAAGCACAACUAGACAAACUUUAACACACAUAUAGCAUACAGCUGAUAGAAUGACUGAAAACAAUGAAUAUACUGAAAAUGAUAGAAUGUAAGGCGGUGAUGACGUGUGUGUGUGUGUGUGUGUGUGUGUGUGUGUGUGUGUGUGUGUGUGU